GGUGAGAUACCGCGAGAAAGGCCGAGAACUUAGCAACAAGACAACAAAAAUAAAACCUGGACAACAAUCCGGAGUACAUGAUGGCGGCAUCGCUGCAGCGCCGGGACAAGAAAUCCACAGCCUCCUAUCUAAAGGCCGAGCUUAACCGGACAGACAACAGCUCAGGGGUCCACCAGCUCCAAGAGCUGCUGGACAGCGUAUUGAAUCCAGAGAGGCCGGCAGGAGAUACCGAGGCCUUAGAAUGGUGCAAAUCCCUGCUGGCCGGAGGAGAAGGUUUCGAGGAGUUCUGCAAGACUGUUCGGUCCUAUGAUAACGCCACCUUGUGCGGGUUGGUGUGGACAGCCAAUUUUGUGGCGUACCGGUGUCGGACCUGUGGCAUUUCCCCAUGCAUGUCCUUAUGCGCCGAGUGUUUCAACAACGGGGACCACACAGGACAUGAUUUCAAUAUGUUCAGAAGCCAGGCUGGUGGGGCCUGUGAUUGUGGUGACAGCAAUGUCAUGCGUGAAAGUGGGUUUUGUAGACGACACAGAUCAAAAACUGGGACAAAUGUUCCUUCAGUCCCCAGAGAGCUGUUGUUUAUGUCAGAAAUGGUUCUUCCUCAAUUCAUCAUAUAUAUCAUUCAAUAUUUGAGGGACGGAUACAGUGAACCAGGUACAGCAUCAGAGAGGGAUCUUCAGAAGGUUCUUCAGCAGCUGGAACCACAGAUUUCAUUUUUGGAAGAAUUAACCAAGAUGGGAGGAGCCAUGCGAACAGUACUUACAAAGAUCUUAACAAACCAGCAAAGCUACAAAGACUUGACCAUGGGACAAGAAGAAAAUGUGCAUGCAAAGAAAAAUUAUGACAAGUACCUUUCAGCCCUUAAAAGCUCUGGAUUGGUGUCAUCAGAUGAAAAGAAUGUGUCGGGUGUAAUCGAGCUAGCUGCAGGCGCUGGUGCCCUAAGUAUUUUAGGUUCAGCAGCAGUAGUCAGAGACCCCAUUGAGUCUUCUAUAGAGGAUGACCCAGAUGGCAGCCAAGGAGCUGGACAAAGAAAGAGGGUGAAACUAAGCAGCAGUACCAAAGAUCCAUCCAUCAUGGAUGUCCUGAAACACAAAUGUUUUUUAGAAGAGUUGUUGUUUUGGACAAUAAAAUAUGAGUUCCCACAAAAGAUGGUUACUUUUCUACUGAACAUGUUGCCAGAUCAAGACUACAAGAUUUCUUUUACAAGGACUUUCGUUCAACAUUAUGCAUUCAUUAUGAAAACUUUAAUGAAAAGCCAUGAAUCAGAUACCAUGUCCAACAGAAUUGUACAUAUUAGUGUGCAGUUAUUUAGCAAUGAAGAGUUAGCUCGUCAUGUAACAGAGGAAUGUCAGCUACUGGACAUAAUGGUGACAGUUCUUCUUUAUAUGAUGGAAAGUUGCCUUGUAAAGAGUGAACUUCAAGAUGAAGAAAAUAAUCGCCAUGUGGUGGUUAACUGUGGAGAACCUCUGCUGAAGAACAACACAUACUGGCCUUUAGUUAGCGAUUUUAUUAAUAUUCUCUCACACCAAAGUGUAGCAAAGAAAUUCUUGGAGGAUCAGUCGUUGCUAAUGUUGUGGAUGAGUUUCGUUUCCUUCUUUCAAGGAAUGAAUUUAAACAAGCGAGAAAUAAAUGAACACGUGGAGUUUGAAUCGCAAACAUAUUAUGCAGCAUUUGCAGCAGAGUUGGAAGCAUGUGCUCAACCAAUGUGGGGACUCUUAACGCAUUGCAAAGUGAAGCAGACAUUUGUUCUAAUUGUACACUAUGAUGGUAGUGUAAAAACCUAUCCAGCAAAGGAGGAGGAAACACUACAGCUCUGGUUUGAUUCUGUCAACUUUGUGGAUGAGCCGGCUCCUCACCAAGUGUCAUUUCACUUGCCCCUUCAUCGCUAUUAUGCUAUGUUUUUGAGCAAGGCUGUGAAGUGCCAGGGACUGGACUUGGACAGCCUUUUACCAGAUCAAGAAAUGCUUAUGAAGAUAAUGAUUCAUCCACUUCAGAUUCAGGCAAGCCUUUCAGAAAUCCAUAGUAAUAUGUGGGUCCGGAAUGGCUUACAAAUUAAAGGUCAGGCCAUGACUUACGUACAGUCCCAUUUUUGUAACUCUAUGAUUGACCCGGACAUCUAUCUCCUCCAGAUUUGUGCAUCACGGUUAGAUCCAGAUUACUUCAUUUCUUCAGUCUUUGAAAGAUUUAAAGUUGUGGACUUACUGACAAUGGCUUCACAACAUCAAAACACAGCGCUUGAUCCUGAACAUGAAAAACCAAUGUUGGAGGGAGCCCUAACAUUUCUUGUGCUAUUGUUGAGCCUUCGCAUUCACUUGGGAAUGGCAGAUGAUGAUAUUCUCAGGGCAGAGAUGGUAUCCCAGCUGUGCAUGAAUGAUCGGACACACAGCUCCUUAUUGGAUCUCAUUCCUGAAAAUCCAAAUCCAAAAAGUGGUACUGUUCCCGGCAGUUCUAGCUUUGAAGUCAUGCUUUCAGCUGUUGCUGAUUUUAAGGCUCCCGUUUUUGAACCUGGAGGUUCUAUGCAACAAGGAAUGUACACACCUAAAGCUGAAGUCUGGGAAAAAGAAUUUGACCCGAUCAUGGUAAUUCUACGAACAGUUUACCGCAGAGACGUACAGACGGCAAUGGACAGAUACACAGCAUUUUUGAAAGAGUCUGGAAUUUUUUCUGGAAACCCAUGGCCACCCUAUAAGGAGAGAACACCUUUACAUCCAUGUUAUAAAGGUCUUGUUAGGCUGUUGCACUGUAAAACAUUACACAUUGUGCUCUUCACCCUUUUGUAUAAGAUCUCAAUGGAUCAUCAAAACAUGUCUGAACAUGUGCUUUGCAUGGUCUUAUACUUGAUUGAAUUGGGUCUUGAUAAUGUGCUACAAGAGGAACCUGAAGAAGAGGAACCUUGCAUUGAAGAACACUGCCAUGAUAGCUGGUUUCCUGGCACUAACUUGCUAUCCAACUUGCAUCAUGUUAUUGACUUUGUGAGAGUGAGGGUACCAGAGACGGCCCCGGAGGUAAAAAGGGAGCCGCCUGCAAGUACAAGCACAGACUCCUCUUCCUUUGCUCAGAAUUCUGGGACAGCUCAGGUCUUUAGCUUAGUUGCUGAACGCAGAAGGAAGUUUCAGGAGAUCAUCAAUCGCAGUAGUGGAGAAGCCAGUCAAGCUGUUCGACCAAAAUCCUCAGCGACAAAGUGGAUACCCCAUGGCUCAACUCCCCAGCUAACCACUGCGAUUCUGGAAAUCAGAGAAAGCAUGAUAUCCCUGCUAAUCAAGCUGCAUCACAAACUGUCAGCAAAACAAAACUCUUUCUGCCCCCCUUGGAUGGAAAACUCAGAGGGUUCUGUGAGACUUGAUUCAGUAAAGUACUCCCAUGGCGAUGGUAUUAGUGCAAUUGAACGCAUCUUGACAAAAGCCGCCCUCCGAGCUCGACAGAAUAAGCGCUGUAUACAAGAAAUUUGUAUGAAGAUUUCACCACCUGUACCUCCUAAGAAAAACGGUCCAGCAGACAAAAAAACAAUGGACAAAGAGGAAAGGCGACAAAAAGCCAGAGAGAGACAGCAGAAGUUACUUGCUGAAUUUGCUUCAAGGCAGAAGAGUUUUAUGGAAACUGCAAUGGAUGUUGAGUCACCUGAUGCUGAUGUUGCCAUGGACCUUGGAUCAUCAGAGCAGCAGGAUUCUGAGAUCCUUUAUGACUGUGUCAUUUGUGGGCAGAGUGGUCCAUCUACAGAAGACCGGCCUACUGGCUUAGUGGUUCUGUUACAAGCCUCGUCCGUCCUGGGGCACCGUUGCAAGAGCACUGAGCCAAAGAAGCUGCCAACCAGUGAUGAGGAGCACAUUUACUCCGUGGAUACAUGUGGAGCUACACAUGACGUCAGGCUGACAACAUUGCAGCGUUUCUUUAAUGACAGUUCGUGCCUGCAGUCAGUAUCAAUUGGGUGGGAAGGAGGUGUGUAUGUGCAAACCUGUGGCCAUACUUUGCACAUAGAUUGUCACAAGUCUUACAUGGAGUCAUUGCGGAGUGACCAGGUCCUUCAGGGCUUCUCUGUGGACAAAGGGGAGUUCACAUGCCCCCUCUGCAGACAGUUUGCAAACAGUGUCCUCCCCUGUUACCCAGGAAGGGGGGUGGAGAAAACCCACUGGCAGACCCCCAGCAACAAGAACUUGUCAGUUCUUGUAAAAGAGGUGGAAGAAUUGCAAGACCAGCUGGGAACAUUCUCAUCGGAAACCAACCUUAGUAGAGAGAUGGAGUCUGUGAUAAAGGAUAUAAAGAACACUACACAGAAGAAAUACAUGGACUACAGCAAAACCCCUGGUUCCCCUGACAAUGAUUUUCUCUUCAUGUACUCUGUAGCUAGGACAAAUCUAGAAUUGGAGCUGGUGCACCGAGGAGGAGAUUUGUGUUGUGGUGGAGCAAGUGCCGCUGCCAAACGAUCCUGCUUGAAUCAGUUGUUUCAUGUGCUUGCAAUGCACAUGCGCCUUUACAGCAUUGACUCUGCCUACAACCCGUGGACCCGGCUUACACAGUUGACUCAGAAAAUAGAUUCACAUGUAUGCAGUGAUGAACGACCAGAGGUCCCAUUGCUUUUCAGAGAUGUUCCAUCCUUGCUGAUUAUAUUUGUCUUAACAAUGCCACAGCCCCUGCACAAAGAACACUUUACCUGCAUUGUGAAAGUAUUAUACACAUUACAGUACAUUCAUGCCAUUGUAGCCCUUUCCGUUAAAUUCAGUGCAGAAGAGAGAUUGGCAUGGAAGAAUUCUGGAGCACUUAAAAAGCAUACAUCUGAUGCAGAAAAGUCCUGGGAAGUAUUACUGAGUCAUGGGAUAAGCGAACUGUCUAAAGGAAAUCGUUUUUACGAAGCAGCCACUGAGGAAGUGUCAGUGGUAAGUUCCAGAGUGUGGUCCCCUCAGUCCAUAGAGUAUGCUCUUCAGCAGUUCUGCUUACCAUUCCUCAGGAUCAGCAGCCUUCUUCAGCACCAUCUCUUUGGGGAUGAUUUACCUAAUUGCCUGAGGGAAGAGGAAUUUCCUGUGCUGGCAAACUGUCUGGGAAUACUGACAUCAGCUUUUCAGCCAUCAAACCAGUUACUCAGUGCCUCUUGCCUUGAUUGGUCAAUCUCUGCAUUUGAGAUAAUAUCACAGUGGUGCUCUGAAGUAACAGAAUUUGCAGACAUGAAUGCAGAGCAUGCCAUGACUUUGGUUGUCCAGGAUCCUCAUUGGACUGCACCACGUCUCCUCCACUUACCUGAGAAUUACAACACCAUCUUCCAAUAUUAUCACAGAAAGGCUUGUACCUUCUGCAAUAAGGUGCCCAAGGAUCCUGCACUCUGUCUAGUUUGUGGUACCUUUGUGUGCCUGAAGGGACUCUGUUGCAAACAACAGAAUUACUGUGAAUGUGUUCUGCACUCCCAGCACUGUGGGGCAGCAACAGGAAUAUUUUUGCUGAUCAAUGCUUCGGUAAUCAUUAUCAUUCGAGGGCAUCGCUUUUGCCUUUGGGGAGCUGUCUACCUUGAUGCCCAUGGUGAAGAGGACCGAGACCUCAGACGGGGGAAGCCACUGUAUUUAUGUGAAGAAAGGUACAAGGUCUUGGAGCAGCAGUGGGUUUCUCACACGUUCGAUCACAUCAGUAAGAGAUGGGGUCCUCAUUACAAUGGACUGUAGUGCAUCUUCUGUGGGAAGACGAUUUAUAUAGAAAAAUAAAAAUAAAACAUUUGGGUUUUUAUGUUUGUCUGAAAUCCUUUUAUGUACCUGAUAUUGUGAACCAUGUACAUAGCCAUGAGGUGCUGUUACUGUAGCCAUGGCACUUGAGAAAGAAUCCUUGUGUGUGCAAACAUGCAUAAAGAAUGGGUUAGAAGUGUGUAAUUUAAACCUUAAUGUUAGGAAGAGGUGUGGGAGUAACCACUUAAAUGUUUAAGCACAACCCCCCCCAGGCUGUGUGAAUUUAUAAAGGAAUCCCAGUAAUAAAGAUAUUCGUUCUAUACAUGCCUAAGAAAAUGGGAGAUGUUUUUAUAAAGUAGACCCACGUUUACAAUUUUAGAGUUAAAAGUUGAUAGCAGCAGCUAUUUGGUAUUUUACAACCAGAACAAAAUUUGCCGAGAUGUGCUGAUUUCAGAUCUUGCUUACAGGAGUGGUAUGGGUUUUGUAGCAAAUACUCUGAUCCGACUCUCCACCCAAACAUUGUUAGGUUACAUUGAAAACCUGAAUUAUGAUAAGGAGUUGAAUGUGUUAGAAGAAGUGCUAUUCAUGUGUUUCCUGCUACUAGGAAUGUAUAUCCCUUUUCUUGACAAUUUUUUUUUUUUAGCUUGCGUUAAAGUACUUUUUAUUCUUAAUCUAGGUUUGUGAGCCCCAACUGAAAUUAUAUUGAAGGGCUAGCUUGUGUGUGUGGGAUUGCUUUAUAGUGGUGAGGUGGUUUGGUAGAAAAUUGGGUGGAUACCACAUAUGCAGAACUAUAUAAAAUCAUGAAGACUUAACAUAAAGAACUAAUUGUAAUUCAUCCUCAGGAAAUGUGUUUUUUUUUUUUUUUUUUUUUGCUGUAGCUUAAUAAGCAAAAUAGUUAUAGCACGCUGCUAUUAAUGUUAUACAAAACAUUUGAUCUUUGUAAAGGAUUUUUUUUUCUCUUGCUAACAAAUGCAUUACGACAACAAUUUGGUUAAUUACUAGUGAUAGUAGCAUAUAGAUUGUACUGUAUUUACCAGUCUUUGCAAGACACCGAACAUGGCAGGUCCUAAUUACUGCCAUGCAUGCCUGCCUUUCAUUACCUAACAGAUGUGUGUUUCAGAAUGAUUUAAUUGGAAAUGUGCAGACUGUCCUGUAAAUGAAACUCUUUAUUCAGGUCUUUUCCUGUCAUCUCUCAAGUUUGAUCUGUAUUGUAUUUGUGCAGUGUAAUCACUACUUUUUUCCACAUGAUUUCCCAAACAGAAAAAAAUCUCAGAGAUGUUCUGGUGACUGAGCAAUUUAUCGGUAUCUUCCAGAGUACAUACGGUAUAGUAAGCAGGUGAGAACAGAGUGGCUAUUAAAUAUCCACUGUGGAUUUUGCUGUGCAGUGGUGGUGUGAUCUCCUUUAAAUAUGGAGAUGAUGUAUGUUCUGAUGCUCAGUUAGAUUCCAGCAUUGUAACUGCUGAAGAGCCUUGAAUGGGAUAACAAUUAAAGAUCCAGAAUAGAUUUUUGUUCUGUACCUAGCUAAUGCUUACUAGAUGAAUAGUCAAAUGCAGCGAUGGAUUCCAUUGUUUUCUUUUGAGAAUUCUAUUUUUAGAUUCACGACCAGGUGGUUGGAUGUGCAUUGGUUGCUGGUUAUAUUCCUGUGAACCCAAAAAAUCACUUAUCUGAUGGCUGCGUAUGGCCAAUGUAGAAUGAGUCUUCAUCCCAUAUCUUUAUGGACACAAACCCACCUUUACUCUUGGCAUUAAUCAGCAUGCCCACAGGAAGCAGUGCUUUCCACACAGGGUUAAGGUCCACUGCAGGGGAAGUGUACACUACUGCUGAAUAGAUAGAUUUCCAAACUAUCCUUCCAGCAUCAUUCAUAAUCAAUAAACUAAUUCUUAAAAUGUAAUGCAAAUCAAUUCCAGCAAAUCAUGUAGCUGAAACAGCAAUAGAACAUAAAAUGUUAUUAAAUUCUGUAUCUAACUUUACUGGUUUUAAGGAAUUUAUACAAUUUAUCUGUACCUCUAAAUCUAGACCUUCUGUAAGAUUGCGUAAACUCUUACCAAUUUUAAAAGAUAAAAAAAAUCAAUUUACUCUGUUUUAUUGGUGUAUAAAUGUUGUUUGUGUCUGGUUUUUUUGGGUGGGGAGGGGUAAAAAAAAAAAAAAAAAAAAAAAAAAAAGCAACUUUGAAUUUAUGCAUGCUGCUGAUCUUUUUUCUUUUUUUUUCCUGAAUUUUUGUACGCCCCAGUUUGUGUAAUAUUCACACAGAAAAUUGUGUGAUGUAUGUGUGUAUUGUAAUUGAAAGCAGACUGUUUCUUUGUGUGUUAACCUGUAUAAAUGAACAAUAUAAAUACAGUACAUUACUGUAGGUGCUGAAUCAGAUUUUCUGAUUUAGAUAUCAGAAAGUGCGACUUAGACACAUUACAAAUUGUAAGAUAUGUUAAUAAAAUAUAAAGACACAACAUUUUUGUGUGCUGUUUUUCAUUUUACAAAUCAGAUGUUGAUGUAAUAACCAAGCAUUUAAAUCGACUUUCUUACCUAGUUUUGUGCUGAAGACCUUUCUGUUUUUUGCUUGGUUUAUUACUUUUAAUUCUCUGCGUGGAGUGCAGGGUGCACCCUAUAGCCUGGAGGUUCGUCAGUUUGAGUCCAGAGCCUAAAAUAAUACA